AUGGAACUUGACAAGGAAGAAUCACAGUUAAAGGAAGAAAGCAACAAGGCGAUUCACAACAACAUCCCAAGGCAAAAGGUUGUGCAAACUGAUGAAGAAGUCCAAGAGAAUAUUGGAGUAUUAGCCACUGAAAGGAUGAAAGAUCCCCAAGGUUAUAUCUGUGAAGGCAUUAUCAUUAAUCUUGUUGUGGGACAUUGCCAUCCUAAAAUUCUGAAAGCCUUAACAGAGCAGGCAGAAAAGCUGACCCUGAGCUCUCGAGCCUUUUACAAUGAUCAGUUUCCACCAUUUGCUGAGCAUUUGACAAGUAUGCUUGGUUAUGAUAUGGUUCUUCCCAUGAACACUGGUGCUGAAGGAGUGGAAACAGCUCUGAAAUUAGCAAGAAAGUGGGGUUAUGAAAAGAAAAGAAUUCCCAAAGAUGAGGCUAUUAUUGUGUCAUGUUGUGGCUGCUUCCAUGGCCGUACACUAGCUGUUAUAUCUAUGAGUUGUGACAAUGAAGCUACCCGGGGUUUUGGUCCUUUAUUGCCUGGCCAUCUUAAAGUUGAUUUUGGUGAUGCAGAAGCCCUUGAAAGAAUUUUUAAAGAAAAAGGAGAACACAUAGCUGGCUUUCUUUUGGAACCCAUCCAGGGUGAAGCUGGGGUAAUCAUUCCUCCGGAUGGCUAUUUGAAAGCUGUUAGAGAUCUUUGCACCAGAUAUAAUGUGCUGAUGAUUGCAGACGAAAUACAAAGUGGGUUAGCAAGAACAGGGAAGAUGCUGGCUUGUGACUGGGAAGAAGUUCGCCCAGAUGUUGUGAUACUAAGGAAAGCAUUGGGUGGAGGAGUUUUUCCUGUGAGUGCAGUUCUUGCAGACAAGGAUGUAAUGCUUUGUAUAAAACCAGGAGAGCAUGGAAGUACCUUUGGCGGGAAUCCAUUGGCCAGUGCUGAACUUCUUAAAUCCUAUGAUUAUAAAGUUUUACCUAAAGGAGCUAAAGCUACUGUCUCUCUAUGGUUCAGUUGUAUUUGAUGAAGAUUUUGAAGCUCAACUAGCUGACAACAAUGAUGCAAGACUGGAAGUGUCUCUAUUGGCGAGGAGCCCUGACCAAGAGCUGACUGAAGUUAGUAACUCAAUAGUUGAACAAGUUGGCUUAUAGUCCCCCCCCCCAACAAA